AUGCCGUUCUUAGAUAGAUCGCAACCAGAGAGAGUUCCCAUAGACAGGACAACACUACUCCGGUUCAGUGGAGCUCGGAUCGAUCCCUACACUCGAUAUGUCUCAUUUAUUCUUUUCCAUGACCUCAACCUGUCAGUCAAAGGGCAGCGAAAUAUGAACAAUGCAUUCGCAAACUUGCCCAUCUACAUGUCCAUAGCACCUGGUCAAAGAUUAGGAUUUGGAUGGGGUGUGACCAAUAUCAUACGUGACAAGGCAAUUCACGAGGGGUCAUAUGACCAUCUUGCCAUCUUGACAGCACUGGGAGAGAGCUUUCAUGAAGUAUACGGAGCAAAGAUUCUCCAGGCCUUGACUUCCGCAGUAGCUGGCCCGGAAGAUAUGACUCCUCAUUUCUCACAAUGGACAGCUGCCCUUAAGGCUUGCAACGGCGUCUUAGCAACGACAGACUUCGGGCUUUUAGUGGAAGAGUACGUCCGGCUUGAUCCAUAUCGAAGCACGAUGAUCAAAGAUUUCGAAUCCAUCUUCCCACCGACAUCAAUCUCAGAAGCGCUGCGAGCAUUGAUGCGUGUUAGUGCGAAGCAUGAAAAGCAAAUCACAUUUAUUGGUAGCUCUAUCAUAUCUUGGUUUGCUGCGGUGGCUGAAUGGCUAUGCGAUCUUCGUGUGUCAGUCCACCAAAGCUCGGGGGAAUUGCUCCAUGCAACACACAAAGGCUCCCAGCCACAGGUCGUUUUAAUAUUCGUUGAAGCUCCGGGUAUCAGAUUCACCUUUGAGACAUGGAAAGAAAAUGAUGUCAACAUCCUAGAAUUGGAUAUUACACAACAGAGUUAUCCUUCCAAUGUCCAUUCCACUCCCUUCAGUGGCAGGGUUGCCUGGCAGUCACUCCUACCUAGAGUUUUCGGGAAAAGCUUUCACUACCUCGACCAUGACGAGUCGAAAGCGUUUGGAGGAAUGAUUGGCGGUGCUGCGAAGAUGUUCCAAGGCCUAGCCUUGGGUGAAGGGCAUGAAAAGCACACUGAAUUGGUUUCAACCCAGAACCGUAGUAACACUGCUUCGUACGGUUCUGGUCUAGUCGAGACCCUCACAAACUGGCUUCCCGAAUUGAGGCGGUUUCAAGGACGAAUGGAACGUGCAUUGAAAUUGAACCAUGAAGAGGCUUCGCGGGCCUAUGUCGAGUACCUAAGCAAGCUCAGAAAGACGUGUCAAUGUGGAAUAUGCAUGUCCAAAGAUGAGAUCGACAAAGAGAAAGAGGGCUGUCCACCGCCCCAUGGUUAUUGUCUAGCCGUCAUGGUUGAGACCAUUAUUUCGCUAGGCCUGGUUCUCUCAAGGAUGACAGUGUCUUCCGGCAUAUUCCCCUCAAGAGCUGGCAUUCAAAGCUUCUAUGCGAGCCAGGUACAAAAGCGUCUGGAGGCAAGGGGCCUGCACUGGACUGAGCAUUUCAGACUUGUGUACGGCAACGAGUGGAACGCACCCGGUGCUCGACGGCUGCAGAACGCGGUGCAGAUAUUUUCAGGCUCAAGACCCCAGAGAGAUCUCCCUGACAACCUUGUCGCGCUUUCUCACGAGGGAAUGUGCGCGUACUUCGUAACGCUUGAGAAGAGGAUGAAAGUGAAUGACCAGGAUCAAGUUAAGCUGAUUCGUGUGGUUUCGGGUGGUAUCGCCGUUCGCGAGAAAGUGUUUGAUCGAGCAUGUCUAGGACCUGUAACAGAUGCUGCUUCAGAUGAUCCAUGGGAAGAGGUGGUUUAUGAGCAUCUUGAAGAUUCCCUAUAUUGUAAGUAA